AUGGUGGUGCCUGUCUCAGCCGCGGCAAGGCAUGCGGGCUCCGAGGAGUUGAGAGGUGCUGGCGCUGAUGUGACGGAGGAGGACGUCUCGGAGUUGGUGCUGCAAGUCCGCGCCUCGCUCAAUGCAGGUCGAGCCCCACGGUCCAAGGUGGACGAGGUGCGGCGGCUCGAGGCAGCGCUGGACCCAGUGGCCGUCCGCCUGGCAGCAGGCUGCCAGGAGCUCCCUGGACCGGAGAUGGCCAGCGCCCUGUGGAGCUUCACGGAGGCCGCCACCGUCGGGACUCAAGCUGAGAAUCGAAUCCGUCGAGUGAGUGCCGACGAAGCUGGCUGGGAUCGAGUGGCCGACCGGAUUUGGGCUCACGCGACGGGGGAGGACUAUGACGCGCAGCCCCUGGACUGGGUGCUGCACAUUGGUGUGGGCCUCCUCGUGGCGUGCGGGCUGGUCGCGCUGCUGGCCAAGUCAGGACCGCAGGCGCCGCCGCCGGGCCCCCCUGCGCUCCCCAGCCCGCCCUGGGCCCCACACGCCGAGGGCGCGGGGGUCUGGGCGGCGCCCGAGAAGCCAGUAGCGCAGGAUGUGGCAGCGCUGCGGGAUUUCGGCAAGGGGGAGGAGGUGACAGGACCUUUCAGUCAGACGGCGGUCCAGCAGUUGGGUGUGACGAGCACCGCCGUGCCAGGCGGGGCCCCCGCUCUCCAGGCUCAUGUCCCUCACGCCGCCGCUGAUGCGGUGAAGCUGGGCCAGGAGGCGCAGAUGGUGCGGGUCACCCUCAUCGAGUUCCAGGCCCAGGCGGCCACGAACGUGUACUGGGCGUGGCACUUCUGGGAGCGCACAGCGGCCGUUGACUCAGCGAGAGGCCUCCACCCCGACCUGCGACGCCUGCUGCUGACGCACGGCUACGUGGGGGCGGGAACCAAGUCCCCCCCAGGAGGCAGCUUGCUGCAGGAGUUGGAGGCGCUGGUGGCCACGGCAGCUGCGCCGCAUGGAGGAGGCAUGCAGGCCGCCCCAGGCUGGAGCUGGACACCGUCGGCGCAGCAGCAGCAGGAGGACAGUCGGUGGAACCUCAGUCCCCCAUCGGACUUGAAGCGGCCUGCGCUGGAGAUCCACCGCUCCAUGCGCGGGGCGGGCGCGGCGAGUGCCAGGGACUGGCUGUCGCGGGAGGUCACGGGCCAACGGCGCACGGCUGUGUGGACGGACUUGUGGACGGCGGCCGCCAACGUGGACUACCUGCUGGGUGGCUGCAGGGCGCAGUCGGAAGUGCUGACGCGGCUCGCGUCAGACGAUGCGCUCGAGCUGCACCUGCGCCGCCUGGCAAGCUACGUUUACGAGCUGAGGACGAAGGACAAGGCGGGCGCCGCAGCCAUGGCGCCCACCUGGCUGGUGACCGAGGCCACCGCCCACAGCGAGGCGGAGCACCGGCGUGACGAGAGAGUCGCCGUCGCAGGCACGCGCGAGGGCCGAGGCAGCGGCCGCGGCUCCAGCUUCGGCGGCGGCUCGGGCGGCGGAGAUGCCAGCGAUGGGUUCACCAGGGCCUGCGGGCUCGUCGAGCUCAUGAACGGGAUGGACUGCGGAUCCCUGGAGGCGAGACCAAGGGGCCAGCGAGUAGCGGGGGGCGACGAGAGGAUGCUGGCCUGGAAGCUCGUGCAGCAGUACGCGUUGCAGGGCGCGGCGCGGUACGAGCGCGACUGCCGGGGGCUUGCCCCGACAGGCGGUCACGGGGCGGAGCUCGCCCACGAUAGAGGACCGCAGGGCGCCUACACAGGAGAGCGGAAGAGUGUGAGCAAGCAUGUGAUGAUGUGCGCGUCGGCCGUGGCCGAACCGCCGGAUGAUCGCGUUGCCGAUCUGUUGGAGGCGCUGCUCGAGGGUGAGCGACAGUGCUACUCGGACGAGCUGAACGUCCUCGACUACAGCGGGAAGUCGGGCGUAAUCUUCGAGGAGCUGGAGGACAUGCGGACGUUCGAGGCCCCCUGCGAUGUUCGGGCCUACUGUGGUUUCAGCUGCGUACCGAAGGAGGACCCGACGAAGCAGCGUAAGGUUUUGAUGAUAUGCGCCAGCAACUACGUGUGGGCCGACCCCCACCAGCGCGGGGGCCACGGGAUGCACGGCGGGGCGGCGAUGGCCUCCAUGAGCGCCCCGACCGACGUGUGGGGCGUGGCGGCCUUCGACGAGGACAACGCCUUCACGCGCCUCAGGGUGCCCGCCUGGAUGGCCAGGUGGCAAGCUUGCCCGCCGCUGCGGGCCUGCUGGGUGUGGGAGAAGCUGAGCCAGCGGAUCCGCGACCUGGUGGGGCCUGCUGGCUGGGUGGCACCCUGCUACCACAGGCUGGCCAUGGGGGGCUCGCUUUCCGUGCACCUGCUCAUGACGGUGAACACGGCGAUCAUCGGCAGGGCGUUGCUGGGCGUGGGUGCGCGCCUGGCGGCGCUCCAGGGCGGAGCGACCCCCGCGGCGGCCGCUGUAGGCGGUGCGCCGGGGCCCUCGCCACUCGAGGAUGGGGGGCUGGAGGGUGAGGCGCAAGCGGGAGAUGCCCAGGAGUGUGGGCAAGCACACCUCUACGAUGAUGACUGGGUCGUGCAGCAGUCGAGCUGCCGCGAGGGACACCCGAACCUGGAGGGCUACAGCGUGGCCGAGUGGAUCGAAGCGGUGAAGGCGGCGAAGAGGGAGGACGAGCGGGUGCUGGUGGUGAUGAGGUUCCCGAGGUGGGACCUGGCGAACCCCGCCACCUUCUCGGCCCUGGUGGAGCUGUGCGAGGGGGGCUGGGUGGAUAUCGUGUUGGGUGGUCCACCGUGCUCGACCUGGUCUCGGGCCCGCUACAGCCGUCGGCAGCCAGGCACGCCGCCCGUUCGCUCUCGGCUCUGCCCCUGGGGCCUGCCAGGCUUGAGCGCGUGGGAGGCCGAGAGAGUGGCAGAGAGUAGCACUUUGACGCUGAACCUGUUGGCGCUCUGCGAGGCGUGCGGCCAGAGUGGCGGCGCCUUCCUCAUCGAGCACCCGGAGGACCCAGGGCGCGAGCCCUACCCAUCCAUCUGGAACACCAAGGAGGUGCUAGAUUUUGAGAGGCGGCGCUCAUCCCAGAGAGCGCGGCUAGACCAGUGUAUGUUGGGCGGGCGUACCAAGAAGCCCACUUGUCUCAGUGGCGCGUUGCAGGGCGUGGAGGCCCUGAGCGAACUACGAUGCGACGGCCCCCGCACCCACGAGUCUGCCGAGGGCAAGUUGGCCGACGGGGCCUUCCGCACGAGCCCCCUUGCGCAGUACCUUGAGGCGAUGUGUGAGACGCCGGGCAGCAUGAUUGUGGAGGCCUGCUUCGAGAAGAGCGGCCUGGGUGGCACGGGUUGGCGACGGCCGCCCGAGGCAGACAGGGCGGUGACGGUCUGGGGAACUCGCAGUACGACUGCCCCCGCCGUGGCCGCGAGGAGCGAGGACGUGCUGCGAGGGCGAGGACUCGUGCUGGAUGGACCGCAGAUGGCCUUCUACCUGCACGUCGACGACGGCGUGGUGAUGGCAGGAGGCCAGGACGGCGGCUCACGAGCGACGAGCAUGAUGCACCAGUUAGCGGACGCCCUGGCGGAGGCGGGCUUCGUGGUCACCGACCGCACGGAGGCCAGCGACAUGCGGAAGGUGCUGGGCUACGCGCCGCAGGCACGGCCAGCUCAACUUCGGCUGCCGCCGGCGAGGGCCCGAGAGCUGGUGCAACAGCUCGAGCUGAUGAGUGGCGCGCGCUCCGUGGACACGGAGGAGCUGCGGUCACUCUUGGGUGUUUGGAUCUGGGGAGCGCUGCUACGGCGAGAGGUGCUGUGCCCCCCCAGCGCGGUCUUCCGCCUGCUGGAGAGAUACCCGCGUCAGCGGGUGAGCACCUGGGCGACAGUUCGCAGGGAGCUGCGAGCGAUGGCCAAGGUGGUGCCGCUGAUGUACGCGGACCUGGGAGCCCCCCCUGCGCCCGUCUAUUUCGCCGCGGAUGCCAUGGGCGCGAACGCCGAGGACGACGGGGGCUGGGGGGUCCUGGUGACCGACAUCCGCAGGGAGAUCGCGCAGGACUUCAUCGACACGGGAGGCAGCUUGGGCUACACCGUGGCGCGGCUGGACGGCGAUCUGACUGGGCUAAGGCGCCCGGAGCAGAUGAUCAAGAGGACGAAGCCCUUCAGCCUCCUGCCGGACCGCGUAUUCACGCCCGACGAAGACUGGACGAUCGUAGGUCAGGGGAGGUGGCGAUCAGCCGACCACAUCACCCUGGGAGAGGCACGCUGCGUCGUGAAGAUCAGCCGCCUGGCGGCUGCAUCGCCGGCCCUCCGCCGCGCCGUGCUUCCGAUCCUGGAGGACAACCAGCCCGUGUCGGGCGCGGUGAACAAAGGGAGGCAAUUUGAAGCAGCUUUGGGCCUCGACAUCCACUGGGCGCCCCACUCGGCGCGGGCAGGCUUUGCAAGCGAUUCCGUGGCUCGUGGUAUCCCCUUCCAGGAGAUCAAGGAGGCGGGGCGGUGGCUCACAGAGCCCAGCCUCCGAAUCUACGUGGGCGUUGUCACCGCCUCUCGGGUGCUGGCACAGGCUGAGCAGCGAGGGAUCGCAUCGCUCGUGCGAGAGGCGGCCGAGAAGCUGCCCAGCUACUUCCCGAAGGGCAUCUUCGGCGAGGGCGCGUGCGGCAAGCAUGCCGCCGACGGGCUGGCGCAAGGGGCGCCGGACCUGGGCGAGCUGAUGGGCGGGAUCCUAGCGGGCGUGACGUGGGCGGCUGUCGCCGUCUGGCUGAUCUCGUGGAUGUACGCGUCGGGGCCGAUGGCCCACUUCGGAACCAUGAUGGGCGUGGCAGCGAGCGUGUCGGUCUCGGCGGGCAAGGUGGUCGACCACGGCCUCGGAGCCGUGAUCACGGCUGCUCAAGGCGUAUCCGAUUUCGCCGUGACCUCGACGCGCCACUCAGCCAACAUCCUGCAGGAGGCGUGGAGAGGCAUAGACAUCACCGACCUACGGGUGCACCAGCGCCACGCCGAGCGGAUCGCCGACGACCCAUCGCUGCUGCAGGAAUGGGUGGUACGAGAGUUUCUUUCAGUGGAGCCACGACCGCCUGGGGCAGACCAGGUAGCCAACGCGCUAGCUGAAGCGUCCGUGAGACUGCCACACGCAACAGAGAGUUGGCAAAUGUUGGUGUGGCCAGGCCAGUACAGGGAGCUCCACAUGACCUGCGAUCUCUUGUCGACCGGAUUCUACGGCGUGCACGUAGUCGACCGCAUUGUGAAUUUCAGCGUGCAGUGGUCGAAUCCGCUGUGGAGCGGCCUCGAGUGCGACCUCGGGGCCGAGAGAGACACCGUCCGACUCCACAUCAACUCGACCCUCUCCAGGCCCCCCCUACCCGCGAUCCGCUACAUGUCGAUGAGCGACCGCGAACUCGAGCUCGCGAAGCUCCCAGGG